GCCUCCCCCUCCCCCUCCUUCUCUUUCUUCUCCUCCCUCGCCGCCGCCGCCGCCGCCGCCUCAGCCUUCGCCUCAGCCGCCGCCCGCUCCCGCCCGCGAGCGGCGGGAUGGACGAUCAAUCCAGGAUGCUGCAGACUCUGGCCGGGGUGAACCUGGCCGGCCACUCGGUGCAGGGGGGCAUGGCCCUGCCGCCUCCCCCUCACGGCCACGAAGGGGCGGACGGCGACGGCAGGAAGCAGGACAUCGGCGAUAUCCUCCAUCAGAUCAUGACCAUCACCGACCAGAGCUUGGACGAGGCGCAAGCAAAGAAACAUGCCCUGAACUGUCACAGAAUGAAACCCGCGCUCUUCAGCGUCCUGUGUGAGAUUAAAGAGAAAACAGGUCUCAGCAUCAGAGGAGCCCAGGAGGAGGACCCUCCCGAUCCCCAGCUAAUGAGACUGGACAAUAUGCUUUUGGCAGAAGGGGUUUCAGGUCCUGAGAAAGGUGGGGGAUCGGCGGCAGCAGCUGCAGCCGCGGCAGCCUCUGGAGGUUCUUCAGAUAACUCUAUUGAACACUCAGAUUACAGAGCCAAAUUGACCCAGAUCAGACAAAUCUAUCACACAGAACUGGAGAAAUAUGAACAGGCAUGUAAUGAAUUCACUACACAUGUGAUGAACCUUCUCCGAGAACAGAGUAGAACACGUCCCAUUUCCCCAAAAGAAAUUGAAAGAAUGGUGGGCAUCAUCCAUCGAAAAUUUAGUUCCAUUCAGAUGCAGCUCAAACAAAGCACUUGUGAAGCAGUUAUGAUUUUAAGAUCAAGGUUCCUUGAUGCCAGACGGAAAAGACGUAACUUCAGUAAACAGGCCACAGAAAUCUUGAAUGAAUAUUUUUACUCACACCUCAGCAACCCCUACCCCAGUGAAGAAGCCAAAGAGGAGCUGGCCAAGAAAUGCAGCAUCACAGUGUCACAGGUAUCCAAUUGGUUUGGCAACAAACGAAUCAGGUACAAGAAGAAUAUUGGCAAGUUUCAGGAAGAAGCCAACCUCUACGCUGCGAAGACGGCCGUGACAGCUGCACAUGCAGUAGCGGCAGCUGUGCAGAACAACCAGACCAAUUCGCCCACCACGCCAAAUUCCGGUUCUUCUGGUUCUUUUAACCUCCCAAAUUCUGGGGACAUGUUCAUGAACAUGCAGAGUCUGAAUGGGGAUUCUUACCAAGGGUCCCAAGUCGGAGCCAAUGUGCAAUCACAGGUGGAUACCCUCCGUCAUGUUAUCAAUCAGACGGGAGGCUACAGUGAUGGCCUUGGAGGAAAUUCACUGUACAGUCCACAUAAUUUAAAUGCUAAUGGAGGCUGGCAGGACGCAACAACUCCAUCUUCUGUGACUUCUCCUACAGAAGGCCCAGGAAGUGUGCACUCAGAUACCUCUAACUAAUCUCUGGCCACACUUUUCCCUGAGCUGACAUGCCUUGAUAAGUGCAUUCAGAGCAAUAGGAGGAAAAGGAAAGCGUUUUUGUAGCCCACCAUCUACAGCUUUACUGUAAAACCUUGUCUUAUUAGAGAACUUGGUAAAUCUGUUUUUUAAAGAAUCAUAAUCAUUUGUAUUUAUACUUAAAAAACACACAAUGUUAAAAAAGCACUUUAUCCAAUUAGGCCAAGAUUUAACAUUGUUGACAGUCCUGUAGCUAUUUUAUCAUAAUUUAUUAUCAAUAUUUUACAUUAAUGGUUUCACAGUUGCCAAUUACUUGGCCUUAAGGGUAAAAAGUACAAUGUACGCUAAACCUCAAUCGUUAAAGCAGAUACAAAAAUUCACCUCACCUAAAUUGAACUUCUUGCAUAUUUCCAUCACUGACUUUGAUUGUCUUUCUUUCAUAUCACUAAUGGAGUUGGAAUAAAAGAGCUGUUUGGCUAUCUUUGUUAAUGAUGGUUGUGUUUAAGAAUGUUCGUCACAUUUGUGUUGCGAUCUGUUAUGUUAUAAUUAGAUCAGAGACUGGUAGCAUCUUUUCUCUCUCCGAAAGCGCCAGUGCCCAGAGUCUGCUCGGUAAUAAAAUUACGGAUCCAGAUUGUUCUGAGAGGUGAAGAUACUUGCUGCUGACAGAGGUGCAAACGAUAUCCGUGUGGGGUUUAUGGUGCGCACUGGGUGCUGCACAGACUUGUCAAGGUUCGCUCCGUCCUCUGGGCAUCCAGGAAAGGCCCUGCUCUCUGGAGCGUUGUAUAUAGUGUAGCAAAAGAGUAUUUAUACAUCUCACCAAUCAAAACACAGCUUUAUUACCUCAUGCGAACUCAUACAAACCAAUAGAAUUUCAACAUGUUCUGUAGCUUAGAGUGCUCACUUACUACCUCUGAACAAUACUCACGGCUGUAGUUUGUCUCUUUCUUAUCUUUUUGCAUCUUGUAAUUAACUCUUUGUUUCCCUUCAUAAAAUGUAAUGUACAUUGUAAUCUUUUAAAAGAAAAAUCAGGGUUGCAUUUGCAACUUUUAAAAAACCGAGAGUGGAAACAUUGGGUCUUAAUUUAACACAGGAUCAGUAAAACUGUUGUAAAUACUGAGAAACAUUUUGAAUGUUCUUCAUCUUGUUACUAAUCCAUGCAAAAAAAAAAAAAAGCGGCGACUAAUUGUGAUGCAUUCGGAUUUCAGUAUUCAGUACUGUAUAUCUCACCCUGUGUAAUGGGGCCCCCCUUUCUCUCUUUUUGUAUUGUAUGCGAUUCUGAAACUGAUUGAGUCAUGAAAAUAAUUUGUGGCGGUGAUUCUAAUGUAAUAAAAACGUUUCGUGUUCCUUUCUAACUGGAUUACACCCUGGAUUGAAAAAGUCUUCCUCGUGGUAGUUAUAUGUAGUUUCAAACAUGAAUAAACUUUUUGCUUUCAUGAUUAA